AUGGGUGGAGGAGGACAACAGCUUGCAUUAGAGGAAGUUGUUCUUCGAGCAAGUGUCGAUUUUGCAGUGGAGAUGGCCGCCUUUCAGCAGCUGGGGAGCACUGAGCAUCCUUGCCCGGCGCUCUUCAAUCUUCAUCACGUGAACAUGCUGCUGGAACGAACGCUCACCUUUGCGACUAAUUUGUCGGCUUCGUACCCAUUAAGCGAGGGAACGACACUCGUGCAGCUGGGUAAGGCACAUCAGAGCUGGUUAAGCGAACUGAAGAACAUUUUCCUCUCGAAUUGCCCGGUACAGCCGUCUGCAGACGAAAAGUACUUUAGUGUGGCAUUUCGUGGGAAUAAUGAGCAUAGUUUCCCUAUUUCAGUAGAGACGCUGCACUUCUUAGUGAGACUAGCCGAAAGCCAUCUCCAGGCUCCUCUGUUGCAGCCUCGUUUGGUCCAGCUUCGUGAGUUGCUAAAUGAGCAGAUGACGGCAUCAAAUGGAGUCUCUUGGCGCUCUUCGGACCAAGCACGGGCGUCUGUCAAUGAAGUCGACCUUACUCUAGUGGACAAGUCACUUCGUUCCAGAUGA